AUGAUAGAACAAACAGGCACUCACCGCUUUAUAAUAGACUUUCCCGAUCUGCCUAUAGGGGUCAGACACAUACCAAGGUCUCCCCUCGAGGAUACCAAAGGUUUAGAAUUCUAUUCCGAGCUCUUGUUGCUAGAUAUCAUCUACUGCUACGCCCCGCAUUUCUCAUUAACCAGGGCUGUUAAAAAACAUCAUACAUAUAACUGGGAUACUGCCCUCGAAAUAUGGAACUUGAGCACCACUACUCAAAAGUUCAAGACCAUUGCCCCGUUGAAGCGUAGGUGGAGGGUAAUGCAAGAAGAAUUUGAGCCCCACUUGCAAGAUGUUGGGGUGCCCGAGGUGAUGCAUCCUUAUAGUUUGAAAAUGUAUAAGCGUAUCAAGGCAAAAUACGCCGAAAAUGGACAUCCAAUCAGUGAUCUUGAUGAAGAGCCGGUGAUUGAACAAACAACGAAGAAACGAAGAAAGUCCACCGAUAAUGGUCUUCAUGAAGAGCCGAUGGUCAAACAGAAAACGAAGAAACGAGGAAAGCCCACAGAGGAGUUGAUAGCAGACAACCUUCCAAAGAUGACACUUCCAAAUACCCGAGUAAGAGCUCUUUCAUCUUCGACCUUUGAUAGUUUUAUUGAUGGACUUGACAUACCUCCUCGACCUCGCGUUGUGGGUGUACCGUUAAUCGAUAAUGUUGCUGAUACUUCUCAAGAUACGCCUUGGCAGGAUUUUUGCAACAAGACCAAUGACACAAUAAAACUAUUUAUGCAGCGGCUCAAAGAGCAUGAGUCAGGCAUACAAACCGUUCAAAAGUGCGCUUGUCUUCUUGGUGACGCCACUCUCCAGAUUGGAGAAAGAUUAGAAAAUUUGGAAAAGCAGCAUAAAAGUUUUAUGGAAACGUUAAAUAAACAUAUGAAAGAAGUUACCGAACUGAUGGAUGAGCUCAGAAAGGAGAUCACUGUUAUCAGAAACCAGAAAACAGAUUGA